GUGCGCACAAAUUUCAACCUUAUUUUUAGUUGCUUUUGAUGGCAUAUUUUCUUUAAAUUUGUUGAUAAAUUAAUGGAAAUCUCUGAUGCUGGAGGAGGACCGAAAACGAGUGAUACCUGUACAUCACUUGAUGCCAGUCAAAAAACACAUGAAUCUACCAUGGCAAGCAAGGCUAACGUUAAACAACCCACAAGUAUGGAUGAAAAAUCCACAAGUGAGAGCCCAGGAGGAGCAACUGAUACAUCGUUCUCUUCAAAAUCAUCCCUUUCUAUUAAACACAAUGCUUCAAACUCUUCUAAAGUGACUUAUUCCAAACGUAAAAAAGGAAAUCCAUUAAGGGAUGUAAAUGCUCCAAAGCCGCCGCUCAGUGCAUACUUGAUGUUUCUAAGGAAUACCAGAGAAACGGUGAAAAAUCAAAAUCCUGGUUUAAGUGUAAAUGAUUUAACUAGAAUUCUUGGUACAAUGUGGACAGAACUUCCUCUGGAUAAAAAACAAGUAUUUAUUGAUGAAGCUGAAGAAGCAAAGAGGAAAUACAAUAUUUCAUUAGAAGAAUAUCAUAAAUCAGAAAGCUACAAAAAGUUUAUUGUGGAAAGAACAAAAGCAAUUGAAGAAGCAAAGAAUCAAGAGUCAGCUGUUAAAGGAAGUAACCUUGUGUGUUUGCCUUGUUAUCAAUGGUUUGAAAACCCUCACAACUUUAAAGAACAUGUAAAAAGUCGGAAACAUAAACGAAAUGUAAUUCACUCGCAAAUGGGUAAAAAAGCAAAGAAAUCUGAGAUGCAUAAUAAAACAUCGUCUACAUCAGGUAAAAGUUCAACCACUGCAGUUCCUGUAAAAAGUUUUCCAGACAUGUCUGAUGUCGCCGAAUCCCAGUUGGAAAUUCCUAUAUUUUCUGAUGUUUUCUUGAAUUAUAAUAAAAAUCGUGAAUCUCAACUACGGAAUCUACGGCAGAUCAUAUCAGAAUAUGAUGAGCAAAAUGCAAUUCUGACAAAACAUAUUGAUCAUUUAAAUGUUGCUGUUGAAAAAUUAGAGCAUGAAAAUACAGAACAUGUACAGACUAUCAAAAAAUUGACACCAUUUUUAAAGAAGUUUAUUAUCAGUUUCACAGAAAUUGCUUCAAAAGCAGAUAUACAUGUGGACAUUAAUUUGUCAAAUGUGGAAGAGUUCAUAAAAGAAUAUUCUUCCAUGGAAAAGUCGAAAUAUCUUAAAGAAUUUGUGACAAAUCUAGAUUAUCCUUCAUGUCUUGAUGAAAACUAUGAUGACAGUAGUCGUUAAUAUCUAAAAUGAGUGCCCAAAAUUCAUAUUGUCAGCUACUUUUGAUGGAUGUGAAAUAAAUUAAAAUAUUUCAGUAAACAAA